AUUUUCUUCACUCCUAGAUUUUCAAUGAUAAGCAUGCUGGCUGAAAAUGGCUCCUUGGUGAUUGAAUUUGUUCUUGCUGGUUUGACAGAUCGUCCAGAACUCCAGCUGCCUCUUUUUUAUGUGUUUCUUAUAAUCUACAUUGUCACAGUGAUUGGAAACUUUGGUUUGAUCACCCUGAUUGGUCUCAAACCUCACCUGCACACACCAAUGUACUAUUUCCUCUUCAACCUCUCCUUCAUUGAUCUCUGUUACUCUUCUGUCUUCAGUCCCAAAAUGCUGAUGAACUUUGUCUGUGAGAAGAAUACCAUCUCUUAUGUAGCGUGCAUGACUCAGCUGUUUCUCUUUCUAUUUUUUGUCAUCUCUGAAUGCUACAUGUUGACCUCAAUGGCCUAUGAUCGCUAUAUGGCCAUAUGUAACCCAUUGCUAUAUAAGGUCACCAUGUCCCCUCAGGUCUGUUCUGUGAUAUCUUUCUCUGCUUAUGGGAUGGGGUUUGCAGGAGCCUCUGCCCACACAGGAUGCAUGCUCAGACUGACCUUCUGCAAUGCUAACGUCAUCAACCAUUACUUGUGUGACAUUCUGCCCCUCCUUCAACUUUCUUGCACCAGCACCUAUGUCAAUGAGGUCAUAGUUCUCAUAGUUGUAGGUAUUAACAUCACAGUCCCCAGUCUUACCAUUCUCAUUUCCUACAUUUUUAUCCUGGCCAGCAUUUUAAACAUCAAAUCCACGCAAGGAAGAUCAAAAGCCUUCAGUACCUGUAGUUCUCACAUCAUGGCAAUUUCUCUUUUCUUUGGAUCAGCAGCAUUCAUGUAUCUUAAAUAUUCUUCUGGAUCUAUGGAACAAGGAAAAAUAUCUUCAGUUUUCUACACUAAUGUUGGGCCCUUGCUCAAUCCCCUGAUUUACAGUUUUAGGAACAAGGACGUCAAGGUGGCAUUAAGAAAAUCAAUGAUUAGGUUUCAGAAGAGAAACAUAUUUUAA